UUCUCGACAAUCUGGAGCCGGGCGACGGGCUAAUGGAAACCCGUCUCCGAGAACUAGAUGGUGGGCCUUCGUCUGCUGUAGUUCCGAGGCCAAUCGACGAUUGAAUCUGGGAGGAAUUUGACAGUGACAGCACGAGGUGAGGACGAUGGCUCUCAGGCACACAUUGCGACAAUUUUCUCGGAAGUCUUGCAUGUUUUCACCACGUUUGCUUCAAGCUCGAAACACUUCGUCUUCCGCCGAAUCGCAUGCUACGUCAUUUGGUUUUCGCCAAGUGUCGGAAGAGCAGAAAGGGAAGCUUGUCGGCGAAGUUUUCGAGAGCGUUGCCUCCAAGUAUGACGUUAUGAACGAUUUGAUGAGCCUAGGCUUGCAUCGACUUUGGAAGGACAGGUUGGUUUCGAAGCUCUGUCCUUUUCCUGGUAUGCAGCAUCUUGAUGUAGCUGGUGGAACUGGGGAUGUUGCGUUCGAUGUUUUGGAAGCAAUCAACCGAGUUGAACAACGUAGUCUUCAAGUAUUACCUGCUGAAGCAGACGCAGAGGAUGAGACUAGGGUUUAUGUUUGUGACAUCAAUCCAGCCAUGCUUGAAGUUGGUAAACAGCGAGCGAAGAAACGAGGUCUAGCAGGACUUCCAUCUCUUCAAUGGGUGGAGGGCAACGCUGAGCAUCUGGACUUUAAGGAUGAAUCCAUGGAUGGCUACACAAUUGCGUUCGGCAUCAGAAACGUGACUCAUAUUGAUAGAGCGCUUAAGGAGGCUCACAGGGUCCUGAAAAAAGGCGGGAGGUUUUUGUGUCUGGAACUGAGUCACGUGAGCAUGCCCGGAUUCAAGCAAAUAUAUGACAUGUAUUCCUUCGCAGUUAUACCAGCUGUAGGGCAGUAUGUUGCUGGAGACCGAAAUUCUUACCAGUAUCUUGUUGAGAGUGCUCGAAAAUUCCCCACUCAGGAGCGCUUUGCAUCCAUGAUUGCAGAUGCGGGGUUUCAAGACGUGCAAUACGAGAACUUGGUGGGUGGAGUUGUUGCCAUACACUCGGGUUUCAAGCUGUAGAACCUAGUAUACUGAAUCCACUUCAAAGGGAACAUUCUACACGAAGUUGGCUCGAGAAACGAAACAGCACACUGAAAAAUAUUGAUACCAAAAGAUUGAGUUCCCGUCUUAAAUUCAGACUAGGAAGAUAGAACAUGUGAUGGUCGUUUGUAUUAUGCAGAUGUGUAGGAAAACAUCUACGACAUUUCUUCGUAAGUUGUCGAGAUUGGCAACAGAUAGCAAGAGGUUGGUCCCUGAAAUUUUUUCCGAACUCUUUUGGGUGUGCGCAAGUGUUGAGCGUUUAUCAUGUACAGAAGGCUUUCAGUCGACCAAUAAUACAAGACAUAACAAAGUUUUUCAACUCAAUGUCAAACUGAA